GAGACCGGUCCGGCAGGUUUGUGUGGACUAAACCAGGUGAGGCAGCGGGAGAAGAAGGGCGGGGAGCCGCUGCCAGAGACUGCACAAUCAGGAAGAAGCUGACAACAUGGUGCGGUGACAGAGCGCUCCGGACACCGACUGAGAGCACGAUUCACCUUUUUAAUACUAUUCUGACGAGGAAACGAAGAUAACUGACCCACCAAGAUGAGUCGACGACGUGUCGACACCCGGAGCUCCCUGGGGCCUGAUGAUGAGGUCAUGCCAUACAGUGACGAUGAGACGGAUGACGAAUUGGAAGAGGAAAGCUCUGAAGGGGAAGAAGAGGCACCAGAAAGAGCACCGCAACCCCAAGUGGAGACAAGACCCACUGACGUCACCUGGAAAGUGAAAGCCAAUGACCGACCCUAUCACCAGCUGCCAGAGUUUAAGAAAAAAGUCUUUCUUUGUAUAAAGAAGAGCAAAUACUCUGGAAAUGCCAUUAAGACAUACAAGUACAAUUUCUUGACCUUUCUGCCCCUGAAUCUGUAUGAGCAGUUUAAGAGAGUAGCCAAUAUCUAUUUCCUGGUUCUGCUCAUCCUACAGAUUAUUCCAGAGAUUUCUACUCUGCCCUGGUAUACUACUCUGAUUCCCCUGGUCAUCGUGCUUGGAAUCACCGCUAUCAAAGAUCUGGUGGACGAUCUGGCACGCCACAGGAUGGACAACGAGAUCAACAACAGGAAGUCUGAGGUUCUACUAAAUGGCAGGUUUCAAGAGGCCAAGUGGAGGGAAAUCCAGGUUGGAGAUGUGGUUCGUCUCAAGAAAAAUGACUUUAUUCCGGCUGACCUCCUGCUGUUAUCCAGCUCCAACCCAAACAGCCUGUGUUAUGUUGAAACGGCUGAACUCGACGGCGAAACCAACCUCAAGUUUAGGAUGGGACUUCGAGUGACUGAUGAAAGACUUCAGGAGGAUCAUCAGCUCGCUGACUUCAAUGCCCUGAUUGAGUGCGAGGAGCCAAACAACCGUCUUGACAAGUUUACGGGGAUGAUGCUGUGGGACAGGGAGCGCUACCCUUUGGAACUGGACAACAUGCUGCUCCGAGGUUGCAAGAUAAGAAACACUGACUGGUGUCAUGGGCUGGUCAUCUUUGCAGGAGGUGAUACCAAAAUCAUGAAAAAUGGUGGCAAGACGAGGUUCAAGAGGACCAAAAUUGAUGAACUGAUGAACUAUAUGGUUUACACAAUCUUUGCACUGCUCAUCCUGGUGUCCGCGGGUUUGGCUAUUGGUCACACAUACUGGUAUGAGGCUAUCGGCACCAAGGCCUGGUAUCUGUUCGAUGGCAAAGAUCGGACCAACGGCUACAGAGGCUUCCUUAGCUUCUGGGGAUACAUCAUCGUUCUCAACACCAUGGUGCCCAUUUCGCUCUAUGUCAGCGUGGAAGUGAUUCGCUUGGGCCAGAGUAAGUUCAUCAACUGGGACCUGCAGAUGUAUUUUGCAGAAAAAGACACCCCAGCUAAGGCUCGGACCACCACCCUGAAUGAGGAGCUGGGUCAGAUCCAGUACGUCUUCUCCGACAAGACAGGAACUCUGACGCAGAAUAUCAUGCAGUUCAAGAAGUGCACCAUCGCUGGACGCAAUUAUGGUGAUCCAACUACUGCUGAGGGUGUGUCACUGGAACGAGGAAAGCCGGUGGACUGGAGCUGGAACCGCUACGCUGAUAAGAAGUUCCAGUUCAUAGAUCAUUCCCUGGUUGCCCAUGUCCGAUCCAAGAAGGAUAAAGAUGCCAUGGAGUUCUUCAAACUGCUCUCCCUCUGCCACACCGUCAUGGUGGAGCACAAAGCCGAUGAUCUCGUAUACCAGGCAGCGUCUCCUGAUGAGGGCGCCCUGGUCACGGCUGCCAGGAACUUUGGUUACGUGUUUCUGUCUCGUACGCAGGACACCAUGACCAUCAGGGAGAUGGAUCAGGAGAUGACCUACGAAAUGUUGGCGCUUCUCGACUUCAACUCUGACCGCAAGCGCAUGUCUAUCAUCUUGAAGUUUCCCGAUGGCCGUAUUCGUCUCUACUGUAAAGGAGCAGACACUGUCAUUUACGAGCGUCUCUCCCCCAGCUCCAAACAUAAGGAAACCACCCAGACUGCUCUUGAUGUCUUUGCCAACGAGACCUUGCGGACACUGUGCUUGUGUUACAAAGACAUCAGUGCUGAAGAGUUUGAAGCCUGGUCCAGGAGACACAAAGAGGCCCAGGUGACCAUGAAUGACCGCGAAGCUGCCCUGGAUGCUGUGUAUGAGCAGAUCGAGAACAACCUGAUGCUAAUUGGAGCAACGGCUAUUGAGGAUAAACUACAGGAUGGAGUUCCAGAAACCAUUGCCAAGCUGGCUAAAGCAGACAUCAAGAUCUGGGUCCUGACUGGAGAUAAGAAAGAAACGGCAGAGAACAUCGGAUAUUCCUGUUCACUUCUGACAGACGACAUGGAGAUCCACUACGGAGAUGAUGUCAAUGAGAAGCUAACCAGACGUCAGGCCAGCAGAAGGGAUGACCCUCAAGCUUACCGUCGAGGCAAAAAGAAAACGGCCGAGCCUUUCUUUCCCGGAUCAAACAAAAAUGCUCUCAUCAUCACUGGAGGAUGGCUGAAUGAAAUUCUGUAUGAAAAGAAGAAGAAACGCCGUCGUCUGCGUCGUCUGCGUCUAAAGAGGCGUCAACCUCCAAGCAACCCUCAGGACGGACAGCCGAUGGAUGAUUGGGAGAAAGAGAUGAGACAGACUGACUUUGUGGAUAUGGCUUUUGAAUGCGAGGCGGUCAUCUGCUGCCGUGUAACACCUAAACAAAAGGCUCAUGUGGUGAGUUUGGUGAAGAAGUACAAGAAGGCUGUGACACUGUCCAUCGGAGACGGAGCCAACGACGUCAAUAUGAUCAAAACUGCAGACAUCGGUGUCGGUAUCAGCGGUCAGGAGGGGAUGCAGGCCGUCAUGUCCAGCGAUUACGCCUUUGCUCAGUUCCGUUACCUGCAGCGCCUCCUGCUGGUGCACGGGCGUUGGUCUUACAUCCGAAUGUGCAAGUUCCUGCGUUUCUUCUUCUUCAAGAACUUUGCCUUCACUCUGGUCCACUUCUGGUACUCCUUUUUCAACGGAUACUCCUCACAGAUCACCUUUGAAGACUGGUUUAUCACACUCUACAAUCUGGCUUAUAGCAGCUUGCCUGUUCUACUUGUUGGACUUCUUGACCAGGAUGUCAACGACAGACUGAGUUUAAAAUUCCCCAAACUCUACAUUCCCGGUCAGCAGGGGACUUUGUUUAACUACAAAAACUUUUUCAUCAGCUUGUUCCACGGCAUGUUCGUCUCACUCAUCAUCUUCUUCAUACCUUAUGGAGCCUUCCUGCAAACCAUGGGGCAAGACGGAGAAGCCCCCUCAGACUAUCAGUCCUUUGCUGUCGUUGCUGCCUCGUCCUUGAUUUUUAUCGUGAAUCUGCAGAUCUCCUUGGAUACCUCCUACUGGACUUUUGUUAACUGCUUUGCAGUUCUGGGCAGCAUAGCCAUCUACUUUGGGGUCAUGUUUGACAUCCACAGUGCUGGGAUCCAUGUCAUCUUCCCCUCAGUUUUCACCUUCACAGGGGUAGCAUCAAAUGCUUUACGUCAGCCAUACCUGUGGUUAACCAUCAUCCUUACUGUGGGCAUCAGCCUUCUGCCUGUCAUCUGCAUCCAGUUUCUCUCUAAAACCAUCUGGCCCUCUGUAGGAGACAAGGUCCAGAGAAACAGAAAGAAAUACGAGAUGGAGCUGAAGGAAGACGACGAUAAGAAAAAGCCAGCGCCCUUCCAGCGAGGCCGGCGUUCCCGGCGAUCUGCAUACGCCUUCUCUCACGCCCAAGGCUACGCUGACCUUAUUGCAUCUGGGCGGAGCUUUCGACGGCGCCCACAGGCACAUGGUGGACCUCAAGAGAGCAUCAGGGAGAUUCCCCGGAGAGAGGCCGAAAACAUCUGAAGGGGCGGGUCUGAGUCUGACAUGGAGCAAAACUGCAGUAGGGGGAGCUGUAAAUAUUUGGGAGUGCAAGGAGCACUUAGUUAUGCUAUUGAAGUUUAAGAACAUUUUCCCUAUAAGGUAUUCUGAGCAUGCCAGAAGGGAAUAAAAGAAAAUGAGCUCUCCUGAAGUUUCUUAAAUGAAACUCUGCUAAAUUGUUUUUCGCUCCUGUCUGUGACCUAGACUCCCCGCCUCCAGAUGCACCUCUAUGCACCAUCUUUGUUGAAAUACUAAAGCGAAAAAAGCUCACCGAAAAUGACCGUCGUUAUGAGGUCUGAGGUCACGCAGCAUCUGUGUGACUGACAAUGUUAUUUAACUCAGGAUUUUAAGAGUCUUAUUUUUAGUCAGUUUAUCCCUGCUAAGUCUUUCUGUACUGUAACACUAAUAUAAUGAUUUUGAGUUUUAGCGUUGUGUCUACAGCACACUUGACAUAUUAGUGUUUUCGUUAAAAGUAUAAGAAUAAUAUUUAAUCUGUACUGCAUUAAGUCAGGCUAAAGCAUCGGUUAGUUUGAUUUCCAUCCGUUGAUCUCCAAAGAUUUUCCUUCACAUUAAGCUAGUGGGCUAAAGUUAAACAAGUCAAGAUAUCAUCUUUUUAAUAUUUUAUUCUACAUAAUAGUGGGACGUUACUAUGCUAGGCAAUGCAGGGUGGUCAGAUGUUAUAAAGUGUGUCUUAAUUUAACAGUGAGAUGUGAAUGGUGAUCUUUUCUCCUCUGCAGCAUCAAACCAGGUAUACUUAGAGUAAUCACUAAAUUAAGGUACUUCAUGCUUGAAAUCUUUUAAAUACCUCUUUCCAAGUUGGAUCCUUGUUUUGUUCGGUACCUUACAUAAAAAAAAAAAAAAAACACACUUUCCUCCUCCAACAAUCUUCAGAGCUUACUUCAGAAAUAGAGCAAGGGUUUGUCGGUUUAUCUUCAUUUGAUUAACUUUUACUAGUUUGUACGUUCCUUUCUGUUUUUACAAAUUAUUCCAAGUUAAAUUACAUGUUCUUUAGGUUCAAACAGGAGAAUUGUCUUAGUGUGAGUGGGUAUGUGUGUGUAUGUUUGUUUCAUUUUGUUUACAAUCAACCCAAAGAAAAGGUCUUUUUUUCCAGUCCUCUAAUCAGGUUCAGAAUAUUGAGGAGCCAAGACUGAUGAUAGUUCCUGUUCUGACUGUUACUGUAUCCUUUUCAUGCUAGUGUUACUGUCUACAGAUGAUGUCUUUUUAUUCCUGAAUGAAUGGAACAGUCGAUCGGGACUGCUGUUAAGUACCAGCAGCAGUAUGGUCUUUGAUGUAUGAUGGUGUUUUAUCAUGUGGUUGUUAAUAAAAGCCAAG